CAAAUGAUUAUUGUUGCUAAGCUUUUUAAGAUGAACAAGCUUUUAAAUAAAUUAGUUUAAUGGCAAAAAUCUAAAUUAUUAGUCCACUCUUUCCUUCCUUACUGGAUGCAUUCCAUUCUGAGAAAAAUUUCCUUCUCAAACCCUAAUUUGAAAAAGUAGCCGUUGGAAUCCAACAGCUAGUUUAUAUGUUUCCUAUGAAAAUUUCUGUAUAUCUUAUAUUAACAUGACAAUCUUUUUGAUAUAGAUCAUGAAAAAUCUCCAUUAGAUUAAUUUUUUUUUUUUAAGAACACAAGGAAAAUUGAGAGAAUAUUUUCUUUGCUACUAAGAUUUUAGGUUAGAUUUUUUUUUUAGAUUUUCAGAAAUGAGUAAUAACGGUCGUUGUGCAGCUUGCAAAUAUCUGAGAAGAAGAUGCCCUUCAGAUUGUAUUUUCUCACCUUAUUUUCCUUCAAAUAAUCCUCAAAGAUUUGCUUAUAUUCACAAAAUCUAUGGUGCCAGCAAUGUUGGGAAGUUGCUUCAGCAACUUCCGGACGAACUAAGGGAAUUAGCAGCAGAUUCGUUGUACUAUGAGGCGAAAUGCAGAACUGAAGAUCCUGUGUAUGGUUGUGUUGGGGUGAUCUCUCAGUUAUACCAGCAGAUACAUAAUUCUGAAACUGAGCUUGCUAGAACCAGAGCUGAAAUUCAAGUUCUUGCUUCUCUUGCUCAACAACCUGAUGAGAUUUACGAAAAUGAAGUUUAAAUUAGUGUCAGAAAUAUAGCAAAUAAUUUUCUGUUUGGUUUUUACUAUAUUUUCGACAUUGAAUUAUUGAACAAGAUUCGGACAUGGCAAUAGCUAAA